CCUCGGGCGGGUCCCGGCCCGCUCUGCUCGGCUCCGCUGUUCUCCAUAAAGUUGUUGUUGAAGGCAGCGCUGGCCGGCUAAGAUGGCGGCGGGCUGAGGGAAGGGGAGGCCGGGGGGGGGGCGGCGGCGGGCCGGGCUCAGCCGAGCGGAGGCGCCUCAGCGCGGCGGAGACGAGCGGGCGGAGAGCGGUCCCCCCUUCUUUAGGAUGGAGCCAGGGGACGAGACGGAGGAGGAGUCGUCUCCCGGAGGCGGCGAGGACGGCUUCACGGCCGAGCACCUGGCCGCCGAGGCCAUGGCGGCCGACAUGGACCCCUGGCUGGUCUUCGACGCCCGCAGCACCCCGGGGGCGGAGCUGGACGCCUGGCUGGCCGCCUACCCGCCCUCCCGGGUCUCCCGCUACGGGGGACCCGACGCCCCCAACCCCCAGCCCGUGGGCUGGAUCGCGGCCUACGGCCCGGACUACGCGCCGGGGGCCGGCGACGUCCAGGGGCUCCAGGCGGCCUGGGAGGCCCUGCGGGCCGGCGGCCGCCCCAUCACCCCCGCCACCCUGCGGGACCUGGCCCUGACCCACCGGGUCCUCACGGGCAAGUGGCUCAUCUACCUGGCCCCCGGCUUCAAGUUGGACCACGCCUGGGCCGGCAUCGCCCGGGCCGUGGUGGCCGGGAAGCUGCAGGUGGCCAAGGUGAGCCCCCGGGGCGGCGACGGGGAGCGGCAGGUCAUCUGCGUCUACACCGACGACUUCACGGACCGGGCGGGCGUGCUGGAGGCCGACGCCGCCAUCCGGGCCGCCGGCGUCAAGUGCCUGCUGACCUACAAGCCGGACGUCUACACCUACCUGGGCAUCUACCGGGCCAACCGCUGGCACCUGUGCCCCACCCUCUACGAGAGCCGCUACCACCUGGAGAGCCGGCCCCGCUGCUCUCGGGUGCUGGACCGCGCCCGCAACGUGGAGCUCACCUAGGGGGGCCCGGGGUGGGGGGCGGCCGGCACGGG